UGACUCUUGCUCCGUACCGCUGAGAUGCACCACCGUCCACGAGAUGGAAGACUCUCCGGGUCUCCAGAGCUCGAUAGCUCUGCUCUUCCGGUGCAACUAUUGCUGCUCUCAACCCGGUAGCUGCUGUUGUUCCUCUUUUGGGUCAAUAUCACUGUGAGGAGAGUGAGUAGCGGGGUGUGCAAAUCGUCCUCGCACGCGCGGCCGUUGUAUCUCGUCACCACCACCACCCUGCUCGGUCCUCACGCUGAACAAUGUCUUCUUCCGCAUGAUCCCAAAGUUCUAUAUCGCAGCUUUCGCCCCUCCUCGCCCUCCCUCCCUCCCCAACGUCCAAGAGGCUUUGGGUUCCUCUGUCCUUCCAUUCCUUCCAUUCGCUCCCAGUCGUUCCCUUCGUCUUCUUGAGAGAGCAGGCUUUCUCUUCUUUCCAACCCUUUGCGCGAAAACUGCACAUCUCAGAAGGCGGGUCCACUGAGCGGUCUCGAAAUCCAUGACCACUCUGCGAAAACGCACAGACACCAAUAGAUUCGACGGCCUGACCGCAGAGGCCUCUUUUCGCUCCGCCUCCGUCCAACACCUAUCCCGACGAGUGUCUCUUGAAGAGACCGCUUCUCACCAACUUCCCGGUUCUCCUACACUGCUGGACCAGCCGCCAACUGGGGAAGAGGUACUGACACCAAAGCGAAGAUGCCAUCACUGCCGUCAGAAGCAUUGGCGCAUUUGGCAGGAAGAGGGGUUGAGCAGAGCGUGGAGGAACUGGUCAAGAGAGUCAACAUCCCGAUAAACAGCACAACUCCUCCUGCCCUCGUUGCAGCCAUCCAGCAUGACCCCUUCAACCAGGCAGGCAAGUACGGCCUCAUUUUCGUUUACAUCGGAAUCAUCCUGGUGGUGUCCACAACGAUCAAGCGGCUCUACUACUACUGGGGAGACAAGAUUCGAACGGCUCUGUACAAAGAAGAAGUCAUCAACUCGGCCUCGACGAUCAGCCCGCUGCGUGUUUCGCCGUAUUCAGGGUAUGUCGAUUAUGAACUGCCCAGCGCCAUGAGUGCCCAGACAGAGGGUUCGACAAGGCAUUUCUUCCCGUCCUCGGGACCGCUGGUAGCCGAAAAAGGGCCGCAACAAGCAGCUGUUUCGGCCAUUGCACCACUCAACAACACAAUCGCCUUGUUUCGAUGGGUCUUCUACAGACCCAUCCCGGCCAUCAAGGUUGGCAGAUGGACGUUCACGUUCCCGUCCUUGGGAGUUGUCGCGAUCAUAAUCAUAUGCCUAGUGUCGUCCCUGCUCUACUGUUUCCUACCCACCCCACUCUUCUACGCAUCCAUGUCAUAUGGAUCACCUCCGCUGGCUGUCCGAGCCGGGAUGAUGUCCGUCUCGCUGCUGCCAUGGGUGGUGUUGUUGGCCAACAAGGCAAACCCUGUGGCUUUCAUGACUGGGAUCGGAGCGGAACGACUCAUUGUGCUUCACCGCUGGACAGCUUAUCUGUGUGUCAUCUUUGCCAUCAUCCAUGCUGUCCCCUACUGGUAUCAAUCGGUCACGGACCCAGCCGGGUUUGCAACGUUCAAACUCUAUUUCAGCCAACAAUACUGGGUCUACACGACAGGCAUUGCAGCGAUCGCUCCUCUCAUCUUCCUCACCCUGCACUCCAUUCCCAUUCUUCGACACAAAGCAUACGAGUUGUUCGUCUUCCUGCAUAUCCCGGUCGCUUGGGCUUUCAUUGGCCUCAUGUUCUGGCACUGCCACAAUUACUUGACAUCAUGGGCGUAUCUCUACUCGACCGUGGCUCUGAUGAUGGUAUCGCUGCUCACCCGUCUGUUCUUCUUGAACUGGAUGAACCCGUUCCGAUCAUCGUGGCUCAUCGGAGAGGAGUCUGCCGUUACCAUUCUGCCUGAGAAUGCCAUCAAGGUCACCAUCCCGACGCAGAAGAGGUGGCGUCCGGGUCAAUACGCAUACUUGAGAAUGCCCGGAAUUGCCAUCUUCGAGAAUCACCCCUUUACCAUCGCAUCACUCUGCAGUGAGGACUUCCCCUCUGAAUACGGCGAGCAAUACCGAGACAUGACCUUGGUCUUUCGACCCUUCUCGGGCUUCACCCGCAAGGUCCGGGAUACGUCGAUCAAGAAGGGUCCUUACAAGACUUAUCGAGCUUUCAUCGAAGGGCCCUAUGGCGGCAUGCAGCGGCAAAUGGCCUCCUUUGACCAGGUCAUCUUCUUUGCCGGCGGAAGCGGCAUUACAGCCAUUGCCAGCCAAUUGCUCGACCUGAUCAAACGCAUGCGCGACGGAAAGGCCACCACCUCCAAAGUGCAUGUCGUCUGGGCUAUGAAGCGGCCUGACAUCAUGGAGUGGUUCAAGGAAGAGCUUCGGAUAUGCCGAGAAUGUGCCCCACCGGGAUCGGUGCAGUGCCACUUCUUCAUUACUGCUGCAAAACGAUACGAGCCCUUGCCGGACGUCAAGGAACACCGGCUCAGUGGGAUCAGGGACAAGGUCGCCGACGUCCUCGACAAAGCCACAGGAGGAUCCAAGCGCAACUCGGCCCUGGUGAUGAUGGAGCAAGAGCCGGACCUCAAGCGCGAAUUUGAGGACACCAUCACCGCACUCCCACAAGCCUAUGUCGCUCCUUCUCGUCACCUUGCGCCACCAGGCAGUGAACAAGCACAACCAUACUUCCCACCUCCCCCCGCCGACAAACACAUCUCCACCAUCUCACAGGCGCAGAUCGAAGCUACACGGUCGUUCGACUUUGGAUUCCCUCAGACACCGACCAAAUUCCAGAAGAAUCUCAUGCGGUUCGCCUUUCUCCCUACCAACGUCACGUCUCAGAGACGAGAUGGUUGGCGGACCGAGUACGGAAGACCCGAUAUUCCGUACAUGCUCAAAGGGCUGAGCAAGGAGUUCGGGCGCAGGACAUGUGUAUAUGUCUGUGGCCCGCCGGAGAUGAGGACGGACGUGGCGAACACGGUGGCGCGGUUGCAAAGUGAAGUGUGGAAGGAUCCGGGCAAGGACGAGAUAUUCUUGCACGCGGAGAACUAUGCCAUUUAAUACCCAGGUGUGUCCGGCGAGGAGGGAGUCGACGACGUGCCAUGAUAUUUUGAUUUAAUUUUGGAGGGCAAGGAGCUUGCCCGCAUGCCCCAUGCAUGAAAGGAAAGCGGAGUAUAUACCAUACACCACACCAGCGUGGCAUGGGUUUUCUCAGACCCGGGAUCUCACGACGUGAAUGAGGAGAAGAACAAGAUUCGUUCUCUCGACCGUGUCCUUUGCGACAGUUUCUGAAGUUGGGCUCUGAUGGAUUUCGGCAGCCGCUGGGGCGCUGGGGUUUCCGAGCUAUGAGGCCGGAAGGAGUUACGAUACCCCUCUUGUUGGCCCUGGCCGUCCGCAUUUAGCUCCUUUGUACAAAAUAGAGGCAGAAGCCAUGAUGACGAGAUACCAUGGCAUGAAUGAAAGACGAGUCAAAUCUCCGACUCAAGACCGUUUCGAUGACAGGCCAACGGGCGUAUAUUUCUUCUCCAUGCCACUAUGUGGGACUGGAGUCGUUUGCCUUGUGUUGCCAUGGUGGUGAGAGCGCAGGUUGGUAACUAUAUGAGGUCCUGCGUGAUGUCGCCCAAUAAGUUCCAGGAGGGGGGUCCUCGGACAAUGCUCAGGGCAGCCAAGGGGCAGACGCAAGGUAAAGAAAGGGUCACAGGGAAAAAAGAGCUUGGACGAUGGAACCCUGUCCAGAAGGCUUUGGGAAGAAGAGUCUUGCAAUUUUUCGGAAAGAGAGCGAAAGAAAUCCCCUUUGAUGCGUCUGCAAUUUGAUCGGUAGCUUUUUUAUGCAACCAGGCA